AAACCCCUGACUUUCCAUUGCUCACUUUCCGCUGCACAACUCUCUCUCCCUCUCUCUCUCUCUCUGAUCACAGCAGAGUCUCAUUGCUUCGGCGGCAUCAGAAUGGGGAGCAACCAAGCGGCGGUUUCGUUCCUGACGAACGUGGCGAGGGCGGCGAUCGGCUUCGGUGCCGCCGCGACGGCGCUGAACUCGUCGCUGUACACAGUGGACGGGGGCCAGAGGGCGGUGAUAUUCGAUCGGCUCCGCGGUGUGAUGGAGGAGACUGUCGGCGAGGGGACCCACUUCCUCGUCCCUUGGCUCCAGAAGCCCUUCAUUUUCGACAUCAGGACCCGCCCCCACACUUUCUCCUCCAUCUCCGGCACCAAGGAUCUUCAGAUGGUCAACCUCACUCUCCGUGUCCUCUCUCGUCCUCAGGUCUCUCGUCUACCCUACAUCUUCCGACACCUCGGUCUUGAAUACGAUGAGAAGGUCCUCCCAUCCAUUGGAAAUGAGGUCCUGAAAGCUGUUGUUGCCCAAUUUAAUGCUGAUCAGCUUCUCACCGAUCGGCCUCAUGUGUCUGCGCUUGUUCGAGAGAGCCUGAUCCAGCGUGCCAAAGAAUUUAACAUCAUUCUUGAUGAUGUGGCCAUCACCCACCUUUCAUAUGGCGGUGAAUUCUCUCGAGCAGUGGAGCAGAAGCAGGUGGCUCAGCAGGAAGCUGAGCGGUCCAAGUUCGUGGUGAUGAAGGCAGACCAGGAGAGGAGAGCUGCGAUUAUCAGAGCAGAAGGAGAAAGUGAGUCUGCUAAGUUGAUUUCAGAUGCCACUUCUGCUGCCGGCAUGGGGUUGAUUGAGCUUAGGAGGAUUGAGGCUUCAAGAGAGAUUGCAGCAACAUUGUCGAGGAAUCCCAAUGUUGCUUACUUGCCAGGUGGACAGCAGGCUCUUCUUGCACUUAACCCAGCCAUGUUGGGUGGUCGUUAACCUGGCAGUGUUGUUUGAUGUCGUUGGGAUUGGCAGAUUAUCUCAAAUUGUGAAGUGGAUCUCGGGAAAGUGGUUGAUCAGUAAAUUUUGAAACAAUAAAUCAAAUUAAUCUUGGAGAAGUAGAAGAAACCACAGGUCCUUUUAGUUGUGUUCUGAGAUGGAGACCUGAUGUUUAUGGAGUUUUAUCUGCAACGUUGGAAUUUAGGGAUUAUGGUUGAGACAUUUUCAUGGGCAACAGGUUAAGUGUUUACCCUCAGGCAUUUGCUUGAUCAAUCAGUGUCAGGUUUGGAUGUGGAUAACAUAUCAUUGCUUGCUUUCUUUUGGAUGAGGAUUUGAUUGAUUUA